CCAGUUUUGGCCACACGGUGAGCUUUUCAUCUGAAGCAGGGUCCCCAUUGACUCAUCUCUCACUCUUUCAAUCAUUCUUUAUCUUCUUUCUUUCCUAUAAUCUUCCUUCGUUCCAUCAUUCUGCUAAGAAUCGCCAUUGUCCUUCUCUGCCCCGCUACCCCGCCUCCUAUCGUUAAAAGAUGGCCCCUACCAUCCACUGCGUUCGCCACGCCCAGGGCGUCCACAACCUUUGCACCGAAAACCACGUUAUCCCUGACCCCCCGCUCACCGACCUUGGAAUCGAACAAUGUCAGAAACUCCGCGACACCUUCCCCCGCCAUGGCCAGAUCGAUCUCGUAGUUGCCUCCCCGCUCCGUCGCACGAUGUACACGGCCCUACAGAGCUUCGAGCCUGUUUUCAAAGCGAACCCCAACAUGAAGCUGAUUCUGCUACCGGAUAUCCAAGAAACGAGCGACGUCCCGUGCGAUACAGGCUCAGACCCGGAGGUGCUGCGCAAAGAAAUAGAGGAGAAGGGACUGCCAGUUGAUGCGAGCUUUGUGACUGAUGGAUGGAACGUUAAGACCGGUCGCUACGCACCCACUAAUGGUGCGGUCGGUGGGCGGGCGCGCACAGCUCGACGCUGGCUCAAGGCCAGACCGGAGAAGGAGAUCGCGAUGGUUUCGCACGGCGGUGUUCUGCACUAUUUCACUGAGGAUUGGGAGGAUAGCAGCCAGUUCCAAGGAACCGGCUGGGUCAACACGGAAUACCGCACAUACACCUAUUCAGACAAGAUUGAUCUCGACGAUCUAGAAGACGAGAAGCUCGACUCGGAUAAUGCUAGCUUGGUUGAGACUAUUGAAUCGCGUCAGCGCCGCGGCAAGCAGGGUCCCAUGGCUGACCGACAGAAGCAGAAGGAGCUCUAUAAAAAGGGUGUGGAUGGGUGGAAUGCCCAAGGGCUGCAGCUUAGUACCGCGGAGCGGGAGGCAGCCAAGGUGCCGGCUGGUAAGGAGGUUGAUGGGGUCCGAGUAUAGAUUGCUAGACCCGAUUGGAUUUGGAUUUGGAUUUGUCUGCUUUGAGAGCGGCUUGGGCAUAGAGUACAUAGAACAAGGAUUCCCUAGAGUUAAAACUAAACAAACUGCUUUGCUCAUUGGCGCCUGUUGCCCCGAAGCACAACUACUGUAAAUGUCCAUAGAGAGAAGGUUCGCAGAACAAUACUGACAGUGAAGGACAUGCACCAU